CAAACCUGUAAAUUUUGGUGCUAACAAUAAGGAAACUAAGAAUGGUGUAAGAAAUUGAGAUAUUGAAGAAGCUAGAAAAUGGAGAAGGAAACAAAGGCACAGAGUGAAUCAGGUAAAGGUGGUGCAAGCAUUGAAGGGCUUCCAUUUGAGGACAGUCCCUACGUGCAAUACAAGGAUUUGGAGGAUUACAAGCGUCAGGGUUAUGGCACUGAAGGUCAUCAGGAACCAAAGCCCGGUCGUGGCGCCGGCGCGACGGAGGCACCCACGCUCUCCGGUGCGGCGGUUUCCUCUCAGGCCCAGGCUCAGGAUAAAGCCCAACCCACUGGAACUGGCGCCACUAAUCGCCAAGGAGUUCCUUAAUUGAUGCUAUCUUGAGUUCAUUUUAGGUUAAUAAAAAAAAAUGUAGUUUGAUUUCUGGUUUGGUUUUGAUUUUGAUUUGUGAUAAGGUUAGAGUGAUUUGUUGUACCAAAAAUAAGGUUAGUGAUUUGUUAGAUCAUUACACCUGCGUUUAGAAUCUGCAUUUAGCUUCUUGGUUUUGUUGUACAACACGUUUUGGAUGUUGAAGAAAAUGUAUGUAUUGUUGAAAUUUAUUA